AAAUUCGUUAACGGUAAACUCCCCUUGAAAACAGUCAACAACAGAAUCACCAAGACCAAGUCCGAGAAUUUCUUCUGCUGUUUGCCAGUCUAUUCAAGUCAAGAAUACCGGACUUUAUUCAUGAGGAUCAGUUACUCACAAUUGAAGCGAGGAAAAUGGCGAAAAUCGAGAGCAUUGUGAACACAUUUGUGUCAAUGAUGGAGAAUUUGGCGAAUCGGAUUGUGCCGCUGAUUCCUGGCCAGAAACGGAUAUUGCUCCUCGCCAACAAGAGCGGCGUAGCUUUCUACUUCGUUGUGUCAGUUAUUGCGUUCUACGUCAGUACGUUCGUCGUCUUUCCGUUCAACCACAAGAUCGAAAUGAACGAUCCUACCAUUGACUCGAAUGCAUCAACGCCCAUUUCAACAUGGAUCCUGAGUUUUUGCAUGGGCAACAUGAUGCUGAAUUAUUUGCGAGCAAUUUUCAACCCACCAUUUUACGAUGCAGGGCAACUCAAAGUGCCAACGGCUGAAGGAGGGAAAAAUUGGGGAUAUUGCGUUCCAUGUCAGCAGUAUGUUCCUCCUCGAGCCCACCAUUGUUCCGUCUGUAACCAGUGUGUCCUGAAGCGAGAAUCACAUUGCUUCUUCUUGGGGAACUGCGUCGGUCACAUCAACCAUGGAUUUUUUGUCGUCUUCCUCUUCUACGUUGCCCUCUCGAGUCUAUUCGCACUUCUUCACUUGGGCAUGUACUUCCAUCAUGUCAUCGGACCGAUCGUUUCCUUGAGUAUGCACCAUUACCUUGUUCCGGUUGCGACCUAUCGAUGUUUCAUGGGCUAUUUCACAGUAACAGACUAUCUCAUGCUGUUACUAUUCUACAACAUGCUGAUGAUUGGUCUUGGCUGCAGCAUUCUCUUUUUCCAACAGAUCAGCCUUAUCCUGCAUGGUCAGACGAGUUAUGAAGCAGCGAAAAAGGUCAACCUGUAUGACAGUGGUGCCCAUUUUAAUCUUCAGGAUGUCUUUGGGAGGUACUGGUGGGUUCGUUUCAUCCUACCUAUCAAGUUUUCUCAACCAGUGGAUGGCAUCAAGUGGAGCAGGGUCAAGGAUAUCAAACGAUACUGAAGUUUUUGAUAAUAUAGUUAUUCCAGGAUGUUCCUUGUUUCUCAAAAAGUCUGGAAACAAACCAUAAGCCAUCUUGACCAUAUUUACUGAAGACAUUGCUGACUUUCAGACUUUGGACAAGCAAAUGAAGAUGACUUUCCUGUUCUAUUUCUAACUUUGAUUUCACUGAUUAAGGUUGAGAAGUAAAUUUUGUUGAUUUAGUCACUUAGUAAGUGACUUACAUGUCUUGUCUGCAAAGUAUGCUCCGAUUUGAUGGAUAUUGUUUUGUAAAUUUAUACAAAGUAAGAGGUUAUUCUCUUUGUAGUAUAUUUGUAAAUGCAUUUGUACAUGUAUCUUGUCUUUCAUUCAUACAACAUUCCUGAAAUACUCUAAGCAGUACACCACAUUUGUGAGAUUUCAUAGGUCUCCUGAAAAGUGAAAUAUAAUUAAUGGUAAAAAUCAAGUGACUGGUGGUGAUACAAAUUACUAUCUAGGGCUUUAAUUAAUCCAAGGCUGUUGAAGGCCAAGGUUGUGUGGAUGCCCUGUUGGCUUGACUUGGUGCACCUGAAGCACCUCCUAAUUGGCAUUGGAGACAUGCCCUUUUUAUUUUUCCCAUUUGUACAGCAAUAUAAAAAUAUGGCCUAUAGAAAAUUUGGCUUGCCCUAAGUAUAUCAAAUUAGAAGCCCCUGACUUUCCCACAUGGUACAUUAUCCAUACCAGUACAUUGAAAAGAAUGAAUAUUUAUUGACUUUUCAUCGUCAGUAAAGAGCAGAAAGGGCCAAUGGAAUCUGUGAAAUUCUACAGAUUAUGAGAAAAUUGCAAUUUGACUUGUUUUGAUCUUAUUUUUUUUAUACUUUAUAGUACUUGAAAUGCAAUUCGGGUUGUUUUGCUCUUAUUUUAUUAUACUUUUUACUUGAAUAUAUACACUGUUAAAUUCUAAAAUUUACAUUAAACUUUUCUAUCAGAUCAGUUUGUACAAGCACACCAGAAGUGCCUGAUUUUAAAUAAGAAUUGGAUAGAGCCUUGGAUUUCUUUUUCAAAGAUGAAUUUAUCAUGUGAUGAUGGAGUGAAUUCAAAAUCAUGUUAUUUUUAGAACAAAAUUUUUAAAUUCAAUGCAUCUUGAUUUGGAAUUUGGAAAAGAAAGAUCUUGACAUUUAGUUAAUUAGAUUCAAAUGUCAAACAAAUUAGUUAUGUAUGAUAUUGUUUAUACCAUGUGUUUUUUUCAAUCAGAAAUUCAAAAGAGGUUUUGUUAAUUCCCGCUAGAUUACAAUAAAUGUUCAUUUUCUCAAGGCUGAUGAUCUAUCUAGGUCCAUAAAUAUUUUUAAAACAUGAUCUGAGCUAUAGAAUGUGUCAUUUAUUAAUUAUACAUGUGUACGUGUGAUUGAGUGACAUGAAUGAUUAAGCAAAAAUAUUCAGGGUUUUUGUUGUUUGAUGCACUUACAAAUUGGGCCAUUGUUGCUUAUGAUAUUUGUAUCUUUGUGCAAUCAAUAGGGCCCGAGUCUACAUAUCUCAAUGGUCUUAGGGAUAAAGGUAUCGAUUAUCCCAUAUCAGGUCUACACUAUUAUUUUCAUAUGAUGUAGACAUUAGGCUGUGUUCUUUUUGUGCAAUCAAAUGACUCUUGCUGCUCAUAGUCAUCAAAUAUUAUGACUGGAAAAGGAAGAAAAAAAACCUAAAGUAGUUUAAGUACACAUAUAAAUUGACACAUGUGGACAGGAUGAUAUCCUCUCAGACACUGUAGUGUUUAUUUAUAUACAGAGUUAGGAAAUUUCAUCUCAGCUCAUGCAUGAUGUGCACACACUGCACUUUUCUUAAAUAGCUUUGUUGAUCAAAGGUUUUAGGAUAUCUUUGUUUACCAAACAUCCUUUCUCCUUAGCGUAUUUUGUUUCAAAUUCUCUGUACUCUAACUGAAAGACAAUUUUCAUAAUACAUGUUUUCAUGUAUCUGGAAUAAAUGUUUUAUCUUUAGAAUUUUUGACUUUAUUUUCUAUCAAAAUAUUCUUAAUUUUUUUGUGACUAAUGUCCCAUUAUUCUACCCAUCAUUAUUUUGGGAACCCUCAUCCCCAUUCACGAUUGUGGGAUGGAUCUGUAAAAUUCACAGAUAUUUAAAGAUGGAAAUGCCUUGAAGUGAUAAUGCAUAUUUAUAUACAAUUGUUUUGUUUAAUCCCUUUUACAUAAAUAUUUUGAUAUCUAGAAUUUUGUAUCAUCUUUUGUAUAGUUGACUACAGUACUUUUUUUGCAGUUUAUCCAGUGAUUCUAUACACUUUGUUAUCUACUAACUAUAAGUGUUCACAAUCUUUUUAAUCAUAAAAAUAGUGACUUUUGAUGUUAACUUUUUUCUAAUUCUGGUAUAUCACAUAUAUUUUAUGAUAUGUUUGAUGAUGACUGAUUUUGUGUGUUGAGUGUUAAUUAAAGUUUGCUUUGAAAAUCUGA